AUGUCGUCUGCCUCCGCCGCACCCAGCAAGCGCAUCCGUUUGAGCCUCGCGUGCAACAACUGCCGCAAGCGCAAGGUCCGGUGCGACACCGAGACGCCCAAAUGUCGCAACUGCUGGCUGCGCGACGAGGAGUGCGAGACCACGGACCCGCGGUACCCGGAAAACGGGCCCACCAACGUGCGCCGUUGGGCCACCAAGGACGGCCUGAUGCCCGGGCAGAACCCGGCCGCAACCCACCGCAACCAGGCGCAGAUUCCCAAACACGGCCCAGUUCACGCUCGGAGCGGGGCCGACGCGUCUACUCCCACGAGGCAUGCCUUGUCCACGAGUCCCGCGGGUACCGCAACCAGCAUUGGCAGUAUUGGCAGCAUGGGAAGCAUGAACAGCAUUGGCAGCGCCUCGGCCGACACCGUGUCGUGGGUGUCCAGGGGAUACCAGACAAGCAUCAGCAGCAUCAGUGCGGGCGGCGGACGCGACACCGGCAUCCAUGCCAAUGACAACGAGACCGAGACCGAGACCGAGACCGAAACCGAUGCAGACUUUGCUGUCAACACCGAGAGCAGCACGUCACACAGAAUGAAGUACAUGGGCGGCAGUAGUGUCCAGUGCUUGUCGGCCUUUGUCAACAUCUACCUCCGCCGCAAAGGGCUCCAGAGCAUUUCCUCGCAUUUCCUGGGCGGCAUGCGCCACGUCGAGGAGUUUCCUCUGCCGUUCCCGCUCUCGCUGACCGCGCGGCUCCCGCCUUUGCCGGAUCCGCCGGCCCUUGUCGCCUGUCUCGACACGUACUUUACGAGGAUCUGGCCCAUCUACCCCGUCGUCGAUCGCGCCGCCGUCGAGGCAGACAUUCUCUUCUUCCAGCGGUCCGACUACGUCGCGCCACACGCACACACGCAGCUGACCCAGUCCCACGUGCCCCGCCUGGUCAUCGUCUUCGCCAUCGUGGCCAUCGGCACCGAAGAGGCGGCCGGCGCGCCCACCGAGCUCGGCAGCACCUUUGUCACCGCCGCAUAUAGCCUGCUGGCCCAUCUCGUGGGCACGCCGUACCUGUCGAGCGUGCAGGCGCUGCUCCUCCUGGCCGUCGCGCUGCGGUGCCGAUGCAAGGAAGGGCAGGCUUGGCACGUCGUCGCACAAGCCGUCCGCGUGGCGCAGUCCAUUGGAUUGCACCGACAGAUUCGCCGGAGAGACCAGGACGGGGUUGCAGGGGCUGCAGGGGUCGAUCUGCACGGCCGUGUCUGGUGGUCAUGCUAUGCCCUCGAAAAGCUCAUGGAGCUGGAGACGGGGCGGCCGUCGGCCAUCACCGACGACGACAUCGACCAAGCCGUCCCGUCAAAGGAGGCGUGCAACGUCUUCGCGCUCUGGGUCGCUCUGGCACGCAUCUUCAGCCAAAUCAGCCGACAGCUGUACCGACAAAAGCCAGCCUCGGCGUGGCAUCUCCUGUCUGAGAUCGGCGCCCUGGACCAGCAGCUGCUGGCGUGGGAGAAGGGCCUGCCGGGCGCAGAUGGCAUCGCCAGCCCGUCGCAGCCGCACCAGCCGCACCAGCCGCACAUUUCGAGUUUUCUGACGCUGCAGUACCAUCAGGCACAGACCACCCUGCUCCGUGCCUCCCUCGUCUUCCCCACGCAGUUCUUUGUCGACGAGGUCAGGCGGCUCGGCCCCCGUCUGCCCUCGUAUGCCCGUCUCCUGCAGGCCGAGAACAUCUGCACCGCCACCGCGCGCGCCACCAUCCACCGUGUGCUGAGCGACAGCGAGGACGACCUCGGGCGCAGCCACGACGCCGCCGCGACGCUCCUCGUGUCGAGCACACAGCUCUUCCUUGCCGCCGUCGUCCUGGCUCUCCACAUUGUCAAGAACCCGACAAAGCGCCUCGUCCGCGCCGACCUCGAGCUGCUCAUCACCGCCACCGAGCAUCUCGAGCUGCAGUUCUCCCGCGGCGGCCAGCAUCCGGCGUUUGUGCGCGGAUUCGAGACGCUGCGGACAAGCGUGGCGGCCGCCGUCAGCAGCAGCGUGGAGGAAGAGCAGCGUCGUAGUGGUGCCGGCAGUGGUGGAGGAGCAGGGCCAGCAAAGUCGACGCCGUCAGAUCCGGGGCCGGACCUGGAUGCCAUGAACCAUGGAGAGCGGGAUCCGUACAUGUCCGGCAUCACGCCGGACUUUUCCUUGUUUGGCGUGGGAGACGACAUUUCCAUGGACGAGCUGUGGGGCGCCAUCGGGACGUAUUCGCUUCUCGAGCCGGCCCUGGGCCUGGAUGACCCGUCACUCCAGCCACCCCCGCCUUGA